CUGUCGAGUAAUCUUGCGGCCGCUCACAUCGUGUGGGGCACAAAGUUGCUCGGGCGUCAGGUGUUUACACGAUCGCGUGCAGUACUUUUAUCUCGUGUUGCUGCUCCACCGGAAUACCUUCCACGAUGGACACCGCCAGGCUGGUGGGUGUCAAAGCGGCCAUGCGGAGGAGAAGACAUUGACGUUCGUUGGCUGAUAGGAGGAGGAGGAGGGGGAGGAGGAGGUAGCCAUGGCCAUGCGGGGCGCAAGGGGCACCCCCACGGGGCUGCCCCAGGCCAUGAGCCCCGAAAGUGCUUUGGCCUCGGACAUCUUCGACCAGUUCGUGUCCGCCGGCACCUUCAAGGCGGCCCUGUCCACCUACCGGCAGAUGUGCGACGUGCUUCAGCUGAGCCCGUCGCCGCUGCCGGUGUUCUACCCGCGGCUCAAGGUGAAGCUACGCUCGUGGCGAGCCGCCUCGCUCUGGACCAAGUUGGACAAGCGUGCGGCCCACAAAUGUUACAACCGAGGAAAAGCCUGUGCGGGCAUGCGGGUCCUCAUCAUUGGAGGCGGUCCGUGUGGCCUCCGCACAGCCAUCGAGGCACAGCUCUUGGGUGCCAAGGUGGUCGUGCUGGAGAAGCGGGACCGUUACUCGCGCAACAACGUCCUCCACUUGUGGCCCUUCGUCAUCCAUGACCUUCGCAGUCUCGGGGCCAAGAAGUUCUUUGGAAAGUUCUGCGCCGGGUCCAUAGACCACAUCAGCAUCAGGCAGUUGCAGCUGAUUCUCCUCAAGAUUGCCCUUCUCCUGGGGGUGGAAGUUCACGAGAAUGUGACCUUCAGGGAACUCCUCGAGCCACCCGAAGACCAAAGUAUGGAAAAAAUUGGGUGGCGGGCUCAAGUAAUGCCUGCCGAUCAUCCGGCGUCACAGUACGAGUUCGACGUGCUGAUCGGGGCUGAUGGAAAACGAAACACGCUCAAGGGGUUCAACCGGAGAGAGUUCCGGGGCAAGCUUGCCAUCGCCAUCACCGCCAACUUCAUGAACCGGCACACUCUGGAAGAAGCACGUGUACAGGAAAUCUCGGGAGUGGCCUUCAUCUUCAACCAGAGGUUCUUUCAGGAUAUGAAAGAGAGCACAGGUAUUGACCUGGAGAACAUUGUGUACUAUAAGGACGACACGCACUACUUUGUGAUGACUGCCAAGAAGCAGAGCCUGCUGGAACGAGGAGUCAUCAUCAACGACUACAGCGAUACUGCACGACUACUGUCACCCGACAACGUGGACCGAAGUGCCCUAAAAGAGUACGCGAGGGACGCUGCCGACUUUGCCACGGGCUACGCACUGCCAUGUCUUGAAUUUGCCGUCAACCACUACGGUCAGCCGGACGUGGCAAUGUUUGACUUCACCUCUAUGUACGCAGCAGACAAUGCCAGCCGUCUUCUCGAACGGCAUGGCCACUGGCUGCUUCAGGGGCUUGUCGGCGACAGUCUUCUGGAGCCUUUCUGGCCCACGGGAUCGGGUUGUGCUCGGGGUUUCCUGAGCUCCCUGGACGCAGCCUGGAUGAUUCGCUCGUGGGCGGCCAACAGGGAUUCUCCGCUGCAUGUUCUUGCCGAGCGGGAGUCUAUAUACCGGCUGCUUGCACAAACGACACCCGAGAACCUGAGCAAGGACAUGGCCGAGUACAGCCUCAACCCAAGCUCGCGGUACCCUAACCUGAACCUGCAGACGGUGCUGCCGUCGCAGGUGCGUGCCCUGUGCCGCACCGACAUCGAAAUCAAGCUGCCGCCCCCAGGUCCACGGCUACUCACUGACAUGCAGCGCAAGCGGCGGCGCAGAGAGUCCAUCAUCCACCCAGACGCACUUCUUUCGUGGUGUCAGAGGCAAGUGGCUUUGUACAGCAAGAUAAAGAUCGAGAACAUGACUUCCUCGUGGAAGGACGGCCUGGCGCUAUGCGCCAUCCUGCACCGAUAUCGGCCGGACCUCAUAGACUUGGACGAGAUGUCGACUGCUGACGUGGCUACAAACAACCAACAGGCCUUCGACAUCCUGGAGCGCGAGUACGGCAUCCCGCCGGUCAUGACCGGCCAGGAGAUGGCCGACUGUGCCGUGCCUGACAAGCUGACUAUGGUGUCUUACAUCUCCCAGAUCUACGAGACCUUCCGACGCGAGAUCCCCCAGGGUCGCCCCGCUUACAAGGUCAGCAAGCUCAUCGAGGAGAACCAGCCACCGCCGACCUCGCCACUAAACCUACUUGCCAAGCUCACUUCCUCCCAGAGACCGGCGAGCAAGCGAAAGUCAUCGAACGACCACGAACCGGUGAAAGACCGUAGUGAGGGCCAGCGCCGAAGCAGGGUCUCCAUCACCAGAAGUCGGCGGACCCGGGACCGAGUUGCGGACAUCGUCGCCGGCGGCGACGCAGCUACGUUAGAACAGUACCAUAAGAUUCUCUCAGCCAUGGACAAGGAAUCCUUUGGCAAACGAAUGCACGCUCUGCAAGAACAACUCGGCAAGGAAUACAGGCCGUCGUCUCGAGGAAGCCGAGGUCGUCGGAGCGGGCACGUCUCCUCCGCGACGGAGGACGAGAGCAGCUCAGUCACAGGGAAAAUACCGCGGACAGCAGUGGAGCAGCUCCAGGAGCAGCUCAACUCCAUCGGCAAGCCCGUCCCCGUCAAGAAACGGGAGCCCAAGGUGGGCCGCAUUGGCAAGGACGAGUGGAAUGUCAAGAUGCUGGAGGAACGACUCAGGCAGCAGCAGAAGCGGCAGAAGGAGCCAAAAGUCGAGCCGGAGAAGCCACAGAUUCUGCGGGACAUCUUCGAGAGCAAGCGCAACAUCAUGGACGCACGGCUCAAGGCGGAUGGAAAGGAGACGGAAACCGACCGCGCCCGUUUCACACACAUUGACGAGAGGUUGCAGCAGCUGGACCGGCAGUUGAAGGAAGGAUCGCUCGACGUAGGGAGGCGAGGAGCUAACAGGGUGGCUGCCAUGGCGGACUACAUUGCCAACGUCCUCGACGCUCAGACGGGCCUGAGGGAGAAGAGGCCUCCUCCGCCGCCACCGGUAGUUCUAUAUCGGAGUGACUCCGCAGACGGGAUAAAAACGCCCCCGCUCAAGAAGCCAUCAAUUACGCAGUCAGCUGUGCCAACAGCCAAGCCUGCACCGACUUCUAAGCAACCAGUCCCAACACCUACGACUACCAUGUUGACAGAUAGUAGUGGUGACGGUGUCGGCGGUAUUGGUCUUGUUGGUGGUGGUGUUGGUGGUUCUGUGAGUGAGAUCUGCUGCUUCUGCCACAAGCGUGUGUACCUCAUGGAGAGGUUGAGUGCUGAGGGGUUGUUCUUCCACCGGAACUGCUUCCGGUGCGAGUUUUGUCAGUGCAGCCUUCGGCUGGGUAACUAUGCCUACGACAGCACCAUUGCUUUCAAGGACGGCCAAACGGUUCCUCAGGAGGCGGUAGGCACUGAAACGUCAGCCACACCAGGCAAGUUCUACUGCACAGCGCAUUUCCGCAUGGAGAGGCCAAGCCAGCGAUGGCAGGAGAUGAUGAAGCGCAAGCAGGCCUUCCUGUCAGCCAAUCCCGAGCCCCCAUCACUGAUGCCCGCCAAGCCGGCCAACGCGGAAGACACCAACACAGCACUGCACCGGAGGCGUAGUCCGUCCCCUCCCCACGGUGGAGCCGGGGAGGGCAUGGAGGACCCCACAAAGAUGGAGGAAGUCCGGUCACCUCCGGCAGGAACUGAUGCUGGUGUCAUAACAUUUCAGCCCAAGGCUUACAAGACUCCACGUCAGCUGUCGGCCGAAGAGAUGGCCACUCUGGUGGACGUGGACAGCACGCCCGAACGGGUGGAGUUUGAGAACACACUGGAGCUGCUCUCUGAGGACGAGCUGCUCACGAGUGAGCUCGAGGAGGAGGAGCUUGCCCAGAAGAACCUCGGUGCUGUCGAAGUGCCUACCAGCGACGACGAGUACUCGGACUACAGCUCUGACGAGGGCUCCGACUCGGAGAGCCUAGUGGAGGAGAUCGAGCACUCGUUGAAUCUGGACGACACGCGGCACAUGGCCGAGACCUGGCAGCGCAAGCACGCCUCUUCCCUGGAUGUGGCCACCGGCGUUCAAGAGGAGGUUGGAAAUGGCGUUACGCUGCCCCGAAGCCCCGCAAAGUCGCCUGGAGCAGACGACGAGGAAGAAAGUGACGAGGAUGAAGAGGAGACAAGCACGGAAGGAGAAGACUACGAUGAAGAGGAAGAAGAAGAUGAAGAAGAUGAAACGGAAACGGAAACUGGCGAUGAAGACGCAACAAGUCAUGAUGUGGACAGCGACGAGGAGUACAGUCCUCCUGAAGUGCUCUCUGAUGAUGAACAUGGAAGGGCAGUGUCAGCUCAAGUCUGCGAGAAUGGGAAGGAGGCUGUGGUCUCAGUACCGGUUCCCAUUCUCAACAUUGACAAAGGAGCAGGCGAACAAAAAAGCUCCACUGAUGACGAAUACAUUUCGGAUGAAGAAGGCAUUACGAUGAGUUCUUCCGAUGUGUCAUCCGAGUCAGAGGAAGAACCACCGCCCCCAAAACACGAGAUUCCUGUGAUCGUCAUUGACACUCCACCGGGUGAUCAAGACACUGAACUCGACUGGGGUCCCAAAGAAGUGCGAGCUGCCUUGGGUCAAGUAGAUAACGACAACUCAGAACAUGAAGCGGAUGAAAUCAUCAACGAAGCUGCAAAUUUAAGUACAAGCACAGUGCCUGAGGGCAUGCUCGGUGAAGAGCAGACGACACCUGUCAGUCCCCGGUCGAGUGAUAACCAGACGUCCAGCGAUCAACUCUCGGUACAGAAAUCUGGAGAGUUGUCAAGGUCAGCCGAAAGCUUAGUAAAUGCCAGUAUCUCCUCAGGUUUGUCCUCUUCAUCCAACGUGGACAAGUUCUCGGAGCCCGUUCAUGCUGCCGGAGAGGUAGUUCCUGCCAUCGUCGAAAACCUGGAGUCACCAUCUCUUACGGACGUCUCUGAUGUAAGUGCUGCAACAGGCACAGCUCCAUCUAGUGCCACGACAUCUUCGAACGUAGAUCGCUCACCUAGGGAAGGCAAGUUGGGCUAUGACCUCCUUCUAGAUCGUGCUGGCUCAAGCGGAAGCUCGCCGUUGCCCACUCCCGAGAGAGAGGUGGAGGCAGCAUUUGAAUCGGAUGGCGACGUCUCUUCCGAGUCGUCUGCAAUGAGAUUUGGGAAGUUGACUGGUCGUGAAAGUGAAGCCAGCUCUUCAUUCGCCUCAUCAUCUCAUCGCUCAGUGUCCAGCACAGGGGAUGGAAAGUCAUCAGGAGGAGAUGAUUCCAGCUCUGAGGAGCACGGACCUCUUGUUCUGAAGGAACACUCGCCAGAUGUUGCAAGGACACCGCUCGAAGGAAUGAAAACGUGCAUGUCCUUUGGGCACAAGGACAUUUCAAGGACUGCUUCUGGAGAGCCAGAGUUGUCCGAAGGGGUUCUUCUCCAAGUCUCUACAACUACCCUGUCGGAUCGCCCAGACUCGUCCGAAACGUCAACCACAGACACCUGUGAAGAAGCAACAGUUGUUCACCGCCAGCCACUCCAGGAAGAUGAUAGAGAUGUGUCACCAACGGGAUCUUUACUGGACCAUGUGGCUCCUGGCAUCCACGUCGUUCAAUUCUUGGAAGGCAAGGGAGAAUGUGCCAUUGACACUAUGGAGCUGCUACACCCCAUUGCCAAUUUUAAUGAAGAGAGCCUAGGUACUCUUCAGUUUGUGCCAACAAAACCGGGAAGUUCAAUUGGAACGGAUCACAUACAGGCAGUUGAGCAAGAAGCAAGUACUGCAAGUGAAGGAGGUAGUCAUAAAGUAGCUGACAGAACAAAGCUCGCCCUUGACUUGAACAAAGAAGAGCCACCAGCGCCAAAAGUAGAAACGCCAGACAUUCUAUCGCCGCGAAGCGACAUCACUGAUGAGGACACGACAUGCUCAGCAUCUAUCAGUGACCAGGAGGUGUUUCCCACCGACGCUGACAAGCUUGUUACUGUUGAGGACCCUGCAGUGUCGUCUCCUAUCCCACAGCCUGUUCCUAGAGAGUUGCUGCAUGCCCCAAUUGCAAGCAUGAGCGACGAAGAUGAUCUCACAGCAUCUGAUCUCAGCAGGAGAGGUUUGCAGCAUGGCAAAUCGGAGCCUUCGCUGUCAAAGAAGGUGCUUUUGGAAACAAUGAAAGAGGUUCAGGAGGCAAUGGGUGUUGCAGCUGCUGCGACUCCUGUGGGCCAACAAAGUGAUGGGGAUGAAUUCACAGUCUCUGAGUGGGCCAGAGAAGGUGGUGACAAAGAGUCACUUUCUUUUGUUGAAGAUCUCAAGGCAGAGUUCAGCUUCGACGACAGGAAUGUGACGCGCAGGCGCAGGAGAAAGAGGGUGCCAUCUGGCAACAAAGAAAAUGCGGAGGAAGCCGUAGAGGCUGUCAACAUCGAUCACCUUAAAACCAGCCAGGAAGCACUGGAUGAACACCUUGGAGGUCACUUGGAGCCUCCUCAACCUAGUAACACUGCCUUUACAACCAUCACUGGUGGCCACGAUGUGAAGACCAGUUUGCAUGUUGACUCAACAGUAGCAGAAGUACCUGGACAUCACAAAGGCCACUCUCCCCUCCGAGAACCACCAAGGUAUCAGGGUUAUGGUGGCUCAUUUGUGGAAAAAGUUCGUAGCCGCUCUAGCGAAGGCACUGGCGCUGGCAGCGGUGAGCCUCAGGUACCAUCAGGUGAUGUCAUCUACCUCAGGUCUCUCAACAUCAACUUGCAAAGACUCGACUUCCCCUCUAUCCGUUCCUCGUCACCCAGCAGCCGUGGCUCCUGUGAAGAGCUGGACUCUGACUGUGGACUUACUGUGGCUGGAGGAGCGGGGCCGGUAGUUCAGAGUACUCAGCCUCCUGUGGCACACUCCGCACCCAUCAAGAUUGAGAGGCCCGUAAAGAGUGCUGACCCACGAAUCCGUGUUAGGCCUAACCAAUUUCCAGAGAGCUUCCCUGUGUCAUCGACGCCACUGCGUCCUUGUGCUGAUCCAGUGACAGCCAUGCUGAUGAGCCGGAGAGAACAGCUUGCCCGCAAGAGCGUGCAUGAAGACAUACAGAAUUUGCCUUACUUUGACAGUCUUAGUCUGGCCGGUGACUUUGACGAGUUCAAGACACCACCCGAGGCCAACACGCCGACUGAGACUUUCGGUACACCUCCCACCUCGCGUCCCUGUUACCUUUCAGCACUGCAUGCUCCCACCGAUCCCGAAAGGGAAAGAGCGAGGCGCGAAGCCCGUGAACGUGCAAGGCUAAAAAGUGAUGAGGAGCUAGGUCUGAGCCCGUGCAGCUACCGGAAAAAGUAUGCACGCACACCAGCCUUCGAUGAGAUUACGCUUACUGACCUCCUGGACCAAGAAGACGAGACAUUCAAUGCGCUAGACGACAGGUCAUCGCUGCGAAGUUUCAGCACGGCUCAGCACAGACUGGCACAGUUCGAAGAUGACGACGAGUUUGGAGGAGGCUUGGACAACAACGGCAACGACUCCGCCACACCAGUUGCCUCACCAGCAAGGUCCACAGACGACCUUGAUGGGAUUGAUGACGUGGUUGUCGGCGGCAUAACACUCAUGGAUCCAUAUCAAAUCCGGGCGGAUGUCUGGAAGCCCAAGCCACCGAAGCCCAAGCGACGCCUCUUUGCCAGGAAUGAGGACGACGACCGAAAGACUACACCAUCUCCAGCUGCAUCGACAACUAGGAGAAACCUCUUGUCCUUCUUAGGCUUUAACCGGAGCAGCAGUGGAGGCGACAGCUCAGCUGCAACGACCAAGGAGAAGAAGGAGAGCUACAACCGCGAGAAGGCGGCCAAGGAUGUUGCCGAGAGCGAGAGGAGUAAGAGCUUCUCGAGGCUGCGUUUGUCCAAGACACCGCGGCCGGAGAAGUCCUCAUCACCGAAGAAAGCGCCGGCAGCCAAGUCGGACAGCGCACCCUGCUCGACGGAAAGGGUCAACGCCUCACCCGAGCCUGUGGCACCCAAAGCUGCCGCCGUUGUCUCGUCAGUCUCUAGGCAGCACUCGCAUCAACCCCGUCCUGUUGUGCGGGAGGAGAUGAAGAAGCACAUCAGCCUGGACAACCUCAAGUCACAGCCAAUGCAGCUGCCGGCCAAAAGCAGGAGUAUCGAGUUUGGCAUCAUGACUGCACCAAGAGCAACUGGCGAAGAAGAUGGCUUUGCAGACUCUGAUGACCGAGACCUUGAUGGAAGCGCCGAAACUGGGGGGACCAGUGACAAGAAAGCCAAGGCAAUCGACCCACGCAAGCUUGAGCGCCUGACCCUGCGGGUUCAGCGUCAGCAGGAGCGGAAGCGACAGCGGACGGCCCAAGAACUUCAACGGCGACUUGAGGAGAUCGAAGUGAGCCUGCGCUCUCUGGAGCAUCGAGGAGUCCUCGUGGAGAGGGCGCUACGGGGCGAGGAGGAUGAGGAUGAAGAUCUUCAAGCAGAAGAGAAGGACCUGACACAAGUGCUGUUUCGGUUGAUGCGGCAAAAGAACAAGUUGUCCCGGGAGGAGCAAGAACUGCUAAUAAGGGUCAAGGACCUGGAACUAGAGGACCAACAGUCAAAACUACAGCAGGAGAUGCGUGAACGAAUGGCCAUUGACGAUGCAGAGAAGUCUCCACGAGACAUUGAGAAGGAGCGGGAAAUCCUCAACGAGAUGCUGGAAAUUGUGGAGAAGCGGGAUCGGCUAGUGGCCCAGAUGGAUCAGCUCAGGAUACGGGAAGAAACAGAGGAGAAGGAGCUGGCCGCUCGCAUCCUCACCCAAGGUGCCACUUGAGAGUGAUUUCUCCUAGGUACACCCAGUCAACGACGCGAAGCUGUCGCCCGAGGAACAAGCCACAUUUUGUCGAGUCAUCUCAGGCUUGCCACUGUUCAGCCUGGCCCACUUGCGUCUUGCCAUUAUUGCUCACUCCUUGCCGCUAGCGACGCCUGCCUAGGCUACUCACCCAAAGAAGGGCUUUGCUGACAGGCCAGCCAAUGUGAUGCCAUGUGUUGCCAGUGUCAUGGACAGAAAAGGCACACUGCUCUGUCAAUGGGCCAGCCGGUGUGAUGCCAUUGUGAUGCCAGAGAGUCUCCCAAGGUUUUGCUAGGAGGAAGCUUUGCCUUGAACAAAAAUUUUUUCUUCUGCGAGUUAUAAACGGAAAAUAGAGAAAUGGCUUUUCGUAGGCAAGCUCCGUGCAGAUUAUUGCGUUCAAGAAAAUAAAUUGAAAUCAAGUGAC